AUGUGUUGGACUCUGCGCUAACGAUGUAACAGCACAGGUGCAGAGUUAGUAAAGCUGCUGUAAAAAGUGCGCUUGAUUUUUUAAUAUUUUUUGUUUAUACUUAAUCAGCUAAUCAUUACGUGGCUAGUGCAGAAUGCAAAAACCUACCUGGAUGUUUGCCUUGUGCAUGCUGUGUUUGGUCCCAGGCCAAGUAGCAGCAUUUUUUGAGUGGAUGAAGAGGUCUGUAACACCAGAUUCCACAGCUACACCCCCAGAUCUUUCUGCUGGAGUCCCUGCCUUUGAGAUGACCACUGCAGAUGAGCGUUUUCUGGCUGAGGCAAAACAGCUCGAACUGUCACCACUGGAGAGCUGCCACUAUAAGGUGGUUGUACAACUAAAGUCUUCAUGUAGCAGCCUAUCUGAAGAGGAACUAGGUAAACUGGGAGUGGCUCUGUUUAACUGUCAAGCAGCUGCAGAAGGACGUAGGACCUACUUGUGCACCCCAGAAAUGACGCUUAAACAAUGUACUGCAGAAAUGGACCCAGACACCUGGAAUGCUUAUCACAUAGUGAGCAAUCGAGCACGCUCUGUCUGCUAUGCCACCCGCCAUUUGCAGUUUAGGAAGAAAACGGAGAUGACCGUUAACUCUCUCAUCUCUACAGCAACCAAUCAGCUUGACACAAUGAAAGCCCUAAAGGAUGGUCAGAGGGAGCUGAAGGAGUUGACUAGUGCCUCUUUGGAUAAAGUUCUUAGCAGCCAGAGUUCCUUAUUAGAACAGCAGAGUGUUCUGCAGGAAGGCCAAAGUAAGCUGGAGACCUCUAUUGAUACCAACUUGGAGCGUCUGGCACAGGAAAGAGCACUAAUUGCAAGUGGACAGCAGCUUGUGGCACAGCUCAUUGAAAAUAUAACUUGGCGCAUGGAAAAUGUAAGCAAGCAUUUGAAGGAUCAAAGUGUGGAUCUCGAAGAUGGACAUAAGGCUAUUCUUUCGGACCUGGCAGAAGUAAGAAUUAGAGCCCAGGAAAUCUAUUCUAAAAUAGAGUCUAAUGCAGCAGGAUUUGUUGUCUACCAGAAUCGCACUGUACAUUACUACGAACAACUGAUGAGUAAUCUCCAGCGAAUGAAUACCACAUUGGGAAAUCUGGCUGAUUUUGUGGACUCCAUGCACAAUAGCAUGGAACACCGGCUUCAGCACAUCCAGAGCUUCAUCAGUUGGGCAGGGUUUAACCUGGCAACAUUGUCUACCUGUAUCUUACAUUCUGGCUACUUCCUUCUGGCUGCUCUUCUCAUGUCAUUUUUGCAAACUCCUGGAUUUUCACGGGCAGUACUUCUAGUAUUGGUUGUCCUAAAUGCUUUGGCAGAACUCAACCACCAAACGGCAAUGGAUUUCCGCAGCUUGUCAGUCUUUUUGAUAAUUACAGCAAUUGGUAACUGGUUUCUUCUGAAGCUUGCAAAGGGGUAUGCAUUAUCACGCCAUCAGAGUAAACCACUUGCUAUGCCUUUAACUUGCAGCACUUCUAAGUAUGAAACCAAAUGUGAUGGAAUAUACUCGUCCACUCCAAAGGAGAAGCUGUUCAAGGAAGAAAUUGAUUCUCCUUUAACGGCAAUGGAACAUGACAGCUUUUUGUUUGAACAACCCCUCAUUAAUGAACUCUCAACACAAGUAGCUGAAGACAUAAUGACUAAAAAAAUGCGUCGGCAAUCGGAAGGCUUGCCAAAUCACUCCACUCCUGUACUGAAAAAGAGAGCGAGUCUUCCUUUGGUGACCCAAGAGGUCCUUCCCCAGAGGCAACUAGCUUCAUUACUUGAGACAGUGUCAGAAUUAAGAAAUACGAGUCUUAAUCAAUCUGUUGCCAGCAACGAGUCCACCUCUGGCAGAUAUAGGUGCAGUGGAUUUACAAAGACUGGGCAACCCUGCAAAAACCGAGUAGCACAGGGGCAGGAGUUCUGCCGUGUGCAUGAAUCCAUAAACCUCUCCAAGAACACAUCUGGCUUGUAACACCUGAAGCCUUGCACAAUACGCAAGUCCCCAAUUUUUUUUUUUUUUUUUUUUUUUUUUUUUUAAACCUGUUUUAGGGUAGCAUUCAAUGAGCUGGAAACCAUUCCGGUCAUUUUGUAAAUUGCUCUCAUUGGAGUCCUGCAACCUUCAUUAUAGGGUUUUAUUUGGAUUAUGACCUUAGUUGUUCAUUCAGAUGGGCUGUUGAGCAGCAUCCUUUAUCUGGCAUAAUUUUACUAAAAACUGACAUUUUGUAAGAUGAAAUUUAAUACAGGUUUUGUAUACUACUUAAAAUAAAGUCUUUUAGUUUUUUAAGUUUUGUCAAGUAUUUAUUUAAGUGUAGUUACAGGGAUUUACUGGUAUGAAUAUCAGAACUGAUUGUGCCAAAAAAAUUGAACUGUAAUCUCCAUCUGGUUUUUUACUAAAUCCCAUGCUAAAUUUGACCUGAAGGUUCCUGAAAUUGUGAUUAUAAAAGUGCUGAUUUAAGUCUGUGUGCAUAGAAGGAGUAAACGUACUGUAGACAUUAAGUAGCAGUUGUAUAAUGCAGAUGUCAUAAUUUUUAUAUGUACAAGCGCUCUAAAGUGGAUGGGUAAAGCCACACAAAGGCUAUC